AAUCAUGCUUUACUCUCUCUCUGGCUCUGCUCUUUCUUUCCUCCUCUGUCUUGCUUGUCUGUCCAGUACAGUAACUGGAGCAGUAACCCUUGUUACGGAUUAUGAUGACUAUGCUUGUCCUAAUACAAACGCAGUGAUUAGAUGUACAACUGAUACUGGCCAGCUAGUGUGGACCUCAGGAGGCAAUCAAGCCUACAGCACAAGCAGUAGUCUCAAUGUACCUCACUCUGUGGGCAGCUUCACUGUAAGAUUGAUCUCAAAAUUAGGGAGCACAUUGGAAUCCACUGCAGUUAUAAAUGCAACGAGCUCUAAUAAUGGAUCGACUGUUAUUUGUGGGGAUAGCUUUUCUGCUGGGGGGAUGACUGAUACUGCUGUUAUUUUACUAGCUACAAUUCCUAGUCAACCACUGAAUUUCAUUAAUACUACUACAACAUAUGAUAGUGUUGUAUUGAACUGGACUACCCCUACAUCACUGGGAGGUGUAGCAAUAGAUCAGUACAGGGUCACAAUAUCACCAUCACUUCAAUCAUCUUGUCCUGGGCAGUGUAUGACUACCGGUAAUAACACUGAAUCUCUUACCAUUACUAAUCUACAAUACGGUGUUACGUACACGAUCACUGUUGCUGCUAGUAAUUGUGCUGGAAUAGGACAAUCUCAGACUCUUAAUGUCACCAUUACUGCAAUAGGUAAGUGUUUAACAGACUGUCACCUUUGCUUACAUUGGUCCCAAGAAAAAACAAAAAUUCUUUGAAGUAGUUUGUUAUUCAUUGGUGACCAGUUACAAUUUUUAGAACUGCUGACUUUCAUCAGUUCUAUAUUCUGUUUUCAUUGUUCUUAAAAGUGAAGCAUAAACAGACAGAAU